UCAAAACUCACGAGGCGUUAGGAGAGUCUCGAGAAAGAUUUGUUGCAUCUGUGUCCACCGCGCUCUGAUUUUCCGUCGUGGAGACAAUGUAAAGAUGCAGUGGGCGUCGUAAGCGUGUAGGAACGACAGUGGAACCUAGCCGCUCACUGCUGGAGAUGAUCACGAGAUCCCCAAAGCGAGAAAAGAAGAGCUGAGAGGAAGGAGACGACGAGGAGGAGGACGAGAGUCGCUCGGUGCUUGGACCACAACAAGCGUACUUCGGCGGACCCGGCGAUGACUGUGGGAAUCGUUCUCUCCAUCCUGGCCAGAUUAUGUUAAGAUGGAGGUGGACAUAAAUGAGGUGUUGGUGGCCAUCGACACGUUGUACGACCUCCAGCCUCAGGAUAGACAGAAACACGACCAGGCUUCGCAAUGGCUCGGGCAGUUGCAGAGAUCGGUCCAAGCAUGGAAAGUAGCAGAUCAGUUGCUACACACAAAACGCGAUGUCAAUUCCUGCUUCUUUGCUGCGCAGACACUCCGUACCAAAAUACAGCUAUACUUCGGAGAACUACCAGUGGAAGCUCAUGCCUCCCUGCGGGCUUCCAUGCUAGAACACUUAUGCCACAUCACUGAGCAUACAUACCAGGGCAUAGCAACGCAGUUAUGUGUGGCCCUGGCUGAUCUAGCCCUUCACAUGGCAUCAUGGGAGGACCCUAUAGGUGACUUGAUUUCUCAGUUGGGGCCAGGAGCCAGCUCUCCCAACUUGGUACCUUUACUUGAAGUCCUCAUAGCACUCCCAGAAGAAUUACACUCCAGGCAGCUACGACUAGGUCUCAAUAGGAGAAAGCAACUAGAUGAAUACUUUCGAAGGAAAGUUCCUAGUAUUAUAGAAUUACUGCAUGUUGCAGUGGGUACUGAAGGAGCCAGUAAAGAAAGCACCCAUCUAAAAGCAUUGAGGUGUCUUGCUUCCUGGUUUAAUAUCCACACCGAAAAGUGGGUAAUGCUCACUAACACCUGCCUUGUUAACGACAUUCUUAGUGUUGUACGUAAUCCACAAGUGUCUCCAAGGUUACACGAAAUUGCGACGGACUGCAUCUGUUCCGCCAUGAUCAUGCUGGAGGCAGAGCGGAUCCAGCCACUUGCAGAGGUUUUAUUUGCAGGCGUCCUGCAACUUGGUGAACCUUAUCAUUUAGCAGUAGCACUGGAAGAUCUGAAUGCUAUCACCAACUAUGCUAGAAUUUUCUCUGAACUUGGAGAAACUUUGGUCGAGGUGAUGGUCGAUCAGCCAGGGCAGGGGAUGGGAUCUCUUCAGGUUCUGCAUCUGCUUCUCACUUGUAUUGGACAUCAUGACUGGGAGGUUGCUGAGAUCACCUUCAACUUUUGGUACAAAUUAUCAGAAGUAUUGUAUCGAAAGAAUUGCGACAAUGUGAAUGAACAGUUCAAGCCCUAUGUUGAGCGUCUGAUAGAAGCUUUGUACCGGCACUGUCAAAUUGAACCUGACCAUGAGAAUAUUUUGUUACAACAAGACGAUUUCUAUGAAUUUCGGGAGCGUGUACAGGAACUGAUCAAGGAUGUAGUAUUCAUAUGUGGGUCGAAGCCAUGUUUCCAGCAGAUGUCGAAUAUAUUGCAAGCCCCAGAUGUCACGAAAAGUUGGAACCUUCUUGAAGCUGCACUUUUCAUUAUGCAAAGUGUAGCUAAGAACCUUGUCCCAAGGAUUGACAAUAAUCUAAUGGUACAAUCUCAUCCCAGGGAGGAGAAUGAGGUGGUUCCACCUAUUUUAGAAGCAGUUUUAAAGCAGCCAGAUGAAGUGCACAUGCAAGUGGCAUUUACAUCGGUCCAGCUGCUAGCAGAAUUGAAUGAGUGGAUUGCCUGUCACCCUGACGUCCUUCCGCUUGUUCUUCAGUUCCUCACCAAAAGGCUACACAAUAAACACCUAGCCACGGUUGCAGCUAAGGCCUUAGAUGCAAUAUGUCAGAGUUGUCGUGACCAUAUUGAGCAGCAUUUUGAAGGACUGAUGCAAAUCAUAGAAUCUCUCGAUUCAUUUAGCAUAAGCAAUGAAGCUGUGGUAGGACUUCUGAAAGGUGUUGCAUCAAUACUUGGUAGAUUUCCGCCGGAGAGAAUAAAAACGGAUAUGAAAAAGUUAUGUUUAUCUCAAGUUAGAAAUUUGCAAAAACUAAUGGAGGAAAAUGCUCCUAUAGAAAAGAAUACGAAAACUGACCCUGUAGUGUGGCUGGAUCGGCUAGCGGCAAUCUUUAGAAAUGUAAAUCCCAUUGUACAGAAUGGAGAGCAGCACCCAUGUCAAGAGGUUGUAAUGGAGGUAUGGCCUACUCUCUCCAUGACUUUCCAAAGGUAUAGCUCAGAUUUACGGGUAAUGGAGCAUUGCUGUCGUAGUUUACGGUUUGCAGUGCGUUGCGUCCAUCAACAGUCAGCACCGCUCUUGUCACCUCUUGUAGAACAGAUUGUAGGGCUAUAUGCAACUCAUGGCCACAGCUGUUUCUUGUACCUGGGUAGCAUUUUAGUGGAUGAGUAUGCAGGAGAACCUGGUUGUGUUAUAGGGCUGCUUGCCAUGCUUGAAGCCUUUACGCAACCAACUUUUGUACUCCUUACACAACCAAGUGGAUUUAGGAAUCAUCCUGACACCGUUGAUGACUGGUUCAGAUUAUGUGCCAGGUUCUUACAACGGGCUCCAGUCGCAUUCCUGCAGUGUUCUGCCUUAAAUACUAUUCUUGAAUGUGGUCUUCAGGCAUGUAUGCUUGAUCACAAAGAUGCAAAUGCAGCUGUGCUAAAGUUCUUCCAAGACCUUGUAGAAGCUGGGAGGAAACACGAAGAUCGACCAGACUUUGAAACUAGACGAACGCUUGUUGUAAAUAUUUUCAACACUCACGGAGAGAAUCUAGUUAGCAACCUAAUUACUGCAGCUAUCUUUAUCCUCCCGCAGUACAUGCACCAUGAUGUGGCUGAAACAUUUUACCAGAUUAUGCAGUUUGACCGUCCAAAAUUCUGCCUGUGGUUGGAAGCCAAGUUGAAAGUCCUACCAACAAAGAACUCUGGAGGUGUUGAGGCUGUAACGCAAGCUCAGCUGGUGGAGUUCCACAAGGCUGUCACACAGGCAGAGCGCACCAAGGAGAUCACGCGAGCACUCGUAGAAUUCUCAAGGUUCUUCAGCUGACAUGAUAAACGCAUUAGUUGAAGGAACUGUGGGAAAGAGAGCAGCAGAUGUUGAAAAUGAUGGAAAUGUGAUUUGAUUAGGUAAUAAGGAACACGUGACAACUUUUAUACUACUUGACGAGACAGCGUUUAGGCGGCUGUAAAACGCAACAGCCAAAGCAUAAGAAACGUUCCGUGGAUGCAAGUCGGAUAUUUAUAGACCGGGUGAACUUUUGAGUUUGUUCAUGCAAGAGACUUUUGAAGAGUGAAAGAAGAAAGUUUGGAGAAUGUUCAUCUCAAAAAAGUGAUUUAGAAGAUGAUUUUGUGAAUGGGCAUCAUUCAGUAAUUCUGGAUUCAUUGAUAGAUAUAUUGCCAAAAACAAAAUAUUUAUUUUAUGUUUUGACAUUUUCUCAAACCAUGCAUUACUAACCUACAUGCAAUGCAUCACAGCAAGAACUGAAAGAAAUAUGCAGAGUGAAGAUUAGUAGGAAUUUUCCCCAUUUCUUUUCCCCCUUUCAUUCAUAGUACCCUGUUGUGGUAUACUGAAGAAUGAGUGAACAUAGAAUAAUACUGUCCUUGGGAGUGAGAGUGUUCUUGAACAGAUGCUAGGGUAAAAUACUUUGUAAAAAUGUAGAGUUGAUUUUAUAAUAUUAUUUUCUGAGUUAUUGUGCAGAAUUUGUUAUUUGUUAAUUUUAUGGAGGGGCAUUUGCUGGAUUCCAGGUAAAGGCACUGCUUCUCUCUUGUGAUACUUGACUGACAGAAUCUGAUUCUGUCCGAUAAAGAGCGCGUGCAUGUUCCCUUGGCGGUGUAUGGAUAUCCCUAGUGUAAAGAGGUGUGAAAGUUGGUACUUGAAAGUUUUUGAGUUUAUUAUUUGAUGUGCAUGACAGUUUUGUAUAUCCAUAUAUGACAUCACCUCAUCUCAGGCCAGGUAGAUUAUUAUUAUUAUUAUUAUUAUUGUUUUUUUUUUUUUUUUUUUUUUUUUUAUGUAUUUUAGUAAUGCACCAUUCCUCUUUAUUUUCCACUGGAUAUUGAUAAAGCUACCUGGUUGAGAAUGAAGGUAAGGUUUUCAAAGAAGUUAGAAAUCAUUGAAUGGUUGGCAAUGAAGCCACAAACCUUGUACUUCAGGUCUCCAAAAGAACUUGUACACCAUUGUGCGUCAAGUAAUACACAAGUAAUCGACAUAAAAAAAACAAAAACAGAAUAAUGUUACAGCAGCUUCUUGCUCAAGGACACAGUUUAGCUAGUGUGUCUAAUAUAUGUGUUAUCUUGGCAGUGUUAUCCAAAGGUAAGAAGAGUGAAUCAGGUUCAGCCUUUUUUUGAGUCAUGUCUACUCUUGGUGGUGAUGCUGUUGAGGUCUGUCCCCCCCUACUGUCCCCUCCACUCAUGACUGCUACCUAUGUUUUUGUUACUUGUGGUAAAUACAGUCAUAAUUUCCUUGUAAAUGUGUGUUUAAACUUGUUCCUCCCAA